GAAAAGGCUCCAAUGAUGCCUAUCCCAGUGCGUCCGAAAACGCAAGGGAGCGACAUGGUACGAAAGUGGAAUACCGGGGCUACCGUCGGAGAAGCUAUUGAGAUGCGCGCAACAGCGGCAGUUCGGCGCGACAAGUGAUGCCUAGAUACAAUAGUGCAUCGUGGGACAGCCACUUUUUGUUCCAACAUUCAAGGUGAAAUCACAUCUCUCGUACGAUUGACAAUCAUGUCUGUGUUUUCUCUAGACGCUGCGCAAGGUAACCCGGUCACGUCCGAGACCGUGGACAAAUUAUGCUCGCAACUCGGAGUCAGUAUACAGAAUUCGGAGAAGGAGGCCUACACCCGCCUGUUGGCAGUCUUCCACGAUGCUAGCGAGCAACUGAUGGCGAUGGAUGAUUACGUCCCGCAAGUCGACCAAGAACGGUUUCCGAGGGAGAAUAUUCAUUUUCCAGAGAAACUUGAGAACUCACACGGUGCCUGGGCAUGGAGAUGUCGUGUUGUAGACAUUCACGCCAAGAGUGGGAAACUUAAGGGAAAGACUUUUGCCAUCAAAGACAACGUUGCGGUCAAAGACGUGCCGAUGCUCCUCGGAACCAACUUCAUCAGGGGGUACAUGCCAGAUUGCGACGCAACAGUCGUUACACGAAUUCUUGAAGCAGGAGGCGAGAUCUCAGGCAAGGCCGUUUGUGAGAACAUGUGUCACUCAGCCACGAGUCAUUCAUCCGGUACUGGUGUGGUAGAAAGUCCAUUUGCAAAAGGCUACAGCUCGGGUGGUAGCUCGAGUGGUUCGGGUGUGCUCGUCGCCCUCGGUGAAGUCUGGGGUGCGAUUGGUGCAGACCAGGGUGGGAGCAUCCGCGUCCCAGCAGCCAAUUGUGGUAUCGUUGGAAUGAAACCUACCUUUGGGCUUGUGCCAUACACUGGUAGCGGAAGCAAUGAGCCAACGAACGAUCAUCUAGGCCCCAUGACUCGAACAGUAUUGGAUAAUGCUCUAUUUCUCGAAGCUAUUGCUGGUAACGACAACGUUGAUGACCGGUCUUUCGCCGCGCCGAGUCCGACCAAGAUCCCGCAGUACAGCGCAGUCCAGACCUUGUCAGGCGAUAAGCCGCUUUCAGGAAAGAAGUUCGCCAUCAUUACUGAGUCACUCUCAACACCGGCAACAGAUCCUCGCGUUGUCGAAACUUUUAAGGCAGCAGCAUCAAGAUUCGAAGAGCUUGGCGCGACCAUAGAAGAAGUGUCAAUACCGAUACAUGCCAAAGGAGCAGCGAUCUGGACGGGCAUAAGCAAAGUGGGAGGCUUCCUUGCAAAGACCUCGGGUUCGUUUGGCCGGAGAGGUCACCAGAUGCUCAGCCUCAACGCUCUUCUUCAUCCAAUGGCGCAGGAAAAUUGGGAUCAAGCCUACGUUUCGACGAAGAACAUUUACCUGAACGGUCUGUACGCGGUGCAACAUUUUCCAUUACUUCUCGCGAAAGCCACGAAUCUGUCCCGUCAGCUGCGAGAUGCAUACGAUGCAGCACUCGAUUCAUACGAUCUUCUUCUGACACCGACGCUACCCUACGUUGCUUCCAGCCAUGCAGCGCCUGAUGCUGCACCCCUUGAGCAAAUCAAGAAGCAAGUCGGGCUGACGUCCAACACAGCGCCAUUCAACCAGAGCGGCCAUCCAGUGUUGGCAAUUCCCAUUGGAUUGUUGCCGGUGGUUGAAGGACCAGGCGUGAAAGACAAUAUCAAGUUGCCGGUCAGUAUGCAGAUAAUAGGGAAGUGGUGGGACGAGAUGGCGAUUUACGAGGCGGCUUUUGCAUGGGAGAAGUCGAAUGAUUGGAAAAUGAUGUGAACAGUGUGCAGUACCGAAAGAUAGUCGGUCGGUGCUAGGUCCAAGUAUCAAUAUUUUCUUCAAAAGGUUUUCAAAAUGCGUGUCGCAGCAUCUCAUACUCUCCGGUCAUGAUGCUGAUUUAGACUAGCAGAACCAGCACAAGCGUGCCGUCGCAGAGCUAUAGGGGCCCAGCAAAGGGCUAGAAGCAACCUUAGUAGUCGUACAUAUACUGCUAGGUCUUCUAGAUCAAUAUGCGCAGGAUGUGGGAGUGUGUUUUCUUCCUCCAGACUUGGUGUCCAGGAACGCCCAU